AUGCUUUUUGGUGGGGUCACUCUAAGACUGACAACAAAGACAUUUUUGUUGAAUGGAGUGCAAAUCAAAACCACCGUGACCAGUGAAGCAAAAGUGAUCGAUGAACACAUAUUGUCUUUCUUACAUCCUACCGACAAUCACGGAACAAAAGUUAUCGGGUUUGAUUUUGAGUGGCAUCCGAUUCAAUAUUUUGAAUCAGCUAGAAUCAAUCAUCCUCCUUCCCGGAUCAAGUAUUCUGAAUCAUAUGAAAUCUACCCACAUCCUGCAACCUUUCAACUCUGUGAUGGAAAUUCGUGUCUUAUUAUCCACACACGUCGUAACAGUAGCGUUCCCCUUUCGCUACUUAAUUUUCUUCGUCAGCCAAAUUAUACCUUUGUUGGCUGUGGUAUCAAAGACAAUUUUGCUAACUUGGAGAAACAUUUUUAUGGGAUUGGAUGCAAAAAUGCUGUUGAACUUGGAACCUUGGCUGCUACUCUCAUGGAUGAGCCUCAUUUACGUUUUUGUGGCGUUGAUGAACUAGCAUUUCUGGUCGAUGAACUUGAUCUUCGUAAGGAAAGGCCUUUAACCAUGGCUUUUAGUUGGGGUGAUCUACCUAGUGAAGAACUUGCAAAACUUGCUACUAUUAAUGUUUACUCUUAUCACAAAAUUGGGAGUGCAUUGCUUGCAAAGUAUAGACCUCAAUCACAUCCACCUGUGCGUUGCGUUUGUUUGAUUUAG